AUGGCUCAACCUGGUGUGCAAUCGCUAAAGUGUGUGGUGACUGGUGACGGUGCUGUCGGAAAGACGUGCUUGCUCAUUUCUUACACCACGAACGCCUUCCCUGGCGAAUACAUCCCCACAGUUUUCGAUAACUACUCGGCGAGUGUAAUGGUCGAUGGCAAGCCCAUCAGCCUAGGUCUGUGGGAUACCGCCGGUCAGGAGGAUUACGACCGACUGCGACCGCUCUCGUACCCCCAAACCGACGUCUUCCUGAUUUGUUUCUCCAUCGUUAGCCCCCCAUCUUUCGAUAACGUCAAGGCCAAGUGGUACCCGGAGAUCGAUCAUCAUGCGCCCAACAUCCCUAUUAUCCUCGUCGGCACCAAGCUCGAUUUGCGCGAGGAUGCGGCUACACUCGAGUCCCUGCGCCAGAAGCGUAUGGAACCCGUGUCGUACGAGCAGGCCCUUAUUUGCGCCAAGGAAGUCAAGGCUUACAAGUAUCUUGAGUGCUCCGCGCUCACUCAACGGAAUUUGAAGAGCGUGUUUGACGAGGCUAUUCGGGCUGUACUGAACCCUCGUCCUCAACCCUCUCAGAAGAAGAAGGCCAAGUGCUCGAUUCUGUAGAUUUCUCGACACGCAUGAUUUCGAUGACAGCGUCUCGAUGACGCAACACGACACCUCAUGGUUUCCUGGACACGACGACGAUUUGGCGAUAUUAAGACGGCGGUUCACGGCUAUCUUCGGGCUCUUUCCCCAACUACACAUGAUGAUGGUCUUGCGAGGCGGUUCUUGAAUGAAUUUUCCGUUUUUUUUUUUUUGUUUCCCUGCCCAUUUCAUUGCCUCCUCACGGAGGAGAUUAUACCGUCAUUGCGAGCAAUUCAAGAACCGGUCUGCAUAUUUUCAGAAGUCUAGUAUUUUCUGCCUAGCUUUUCUCGCUGCCUCAUUGGGCUGGGCCCCGUCGUUAUUCACCAAUGAGUCUGACUUCAAGGGGU